CGCUAAAACAGUCCUCCGCCACUUGGAUCCGUUGUCAGGUCGGGUAGCGCGUGCCGAUCGAGCGUCUUUCCUUUCGAUCCGCACAUCGGUCGGCAAUCCCAAUUCCCUGCGCGAACAACGAAACGCUCGAUCGAUACACGACUGGUCGACGAAUUCGUGUGCCAACGCGCGUGGAAAAAGAUUCGGCAACAGUGCAUGGACUCGAGGCGAAGAGUGCAAAAAAUUCACAUUCGAAGAAACGAUGUUAUGAGACGUUUGUUGGCCGCGGUACGAUCGGUGGAACGACUAAUUAACGACGACGACGACGACGACGAUUCAACUUGGUUAGUUUCGAGGAGAAACGGUCGAAGAGAUACCAGGAGGGAGAGAUCACCGGUUAGUUUCCACGGACUGGAAAAAUCGCAUUUCACGCGACCAUAACGAGUCACUUGGCUCGUGGUAAUUACCGUUAACGGUAAUUAAUUCUUCCACUGUCCGCGUGGCUAAUUUCUUAGGUGUAAAAGUAACGCGUGCCUCGAAUCCAACCAUUAAUCCUCGCUCUAUGAUAAAUUGCAGAUGAAACGCGAUCGAUAUUCCGUAAUAUAUAAUAAUCCGUAAGUAUUACGCGAUUUAAACCGACGUACGUACCGUUCUUAACUUAAUAUUUCGUCCGUUUAAACCUUUUCUCCUUCGAUCAUUUUUUCGCUCGUCCCGUUUUUCUCUUUUCUCUUCCUCUCUUUUAUCGUUUCACUCGAUUAUCGACACGAUUCGAAAUCGAAAAUUUCUUCGAAUCUUUCGACAUUGCGAGGGGGAAUCGACGAAUACAAACAAGAGGAGCGGCCCGAUCUGUGCGCGUUUCUGUUCUGCGACGCGAGCUUCGCGCGUAUAUUGAUAAAACCGGGGGAAGGGAAGAAAAAAAUGUGUCAUCGAGUUUGAUAGUGGCGAUGACGACAGUUGAAAUGUGAAAACGGUUUCCGUGUCUACGAUUCCAGCGUUGCCGCCAAUUUCCAAAGGGAUUCGAGCGAGGAGAAAAACGAGGAAAGAAGAGAAAGAAGAAAAUACGAAGAGCGGGAAAGAAACAUCGAGGGAUCUUAAUCGAUCGCGAACGAUAACGGGACCUCGAUGUAUCCUGGGAUCCUCGUGUAAUCGCGAGGACGUGAUUCGGUGAAUCGGGUAACGAGCAAACCGAGUCCAACGGGAAACCUACCCUCUAGGAUUGUGAUCCGGUAACGAGCAAAAGACGUUGCUUUUCUUUCGCCUCGCGAUCGAUACAAAAAACCAUCGCAACGCGAUUCCAAAGCGGCCGGUGUGUAGGUUAACGCGUGCUUAGACCGGAUUCGAACGGGAACUUCUAUCCAGGGAUGUUGUCUCUCGGCUGUCGAGAAAGGAAAAAUUUUCGUUCGAAUUUUAGAUCGAUCCAUCUUUUUAUCUUCGCGAGGAAUUCAGUUGGCAAAAUUUAAUCGCGAAUAAAGUUCGAUAAUUUCUCAAUCUUGAGAAACGUGAUAAUAAAAUCGUGGAAAUAACGUAGCAAAGAGAAUUAUAUUAUAAAAUCGAUUGUGAUAAACGUUUCAUUCGGAUUAAUUUUAAUUACUUAUUUUUAACUAAUUUUUCUUUUUUAACCAAUAUCGAAGAAGCGUGCAUCUGAUCGAAAGAUCCAUAAAAACUUUUCGUUUUGAAUUCUCGAGCUUCUUUCUUCCAAGCUUAUCCCGGUUGGAAGAAGGAUCGGAGGUGGUAUUCGAGCGAAACUUUAAGAUGGAUCGCCGACGCUUGAAUCGAGGGGCGGAAAGAGAAGGGGUGGAUGUACGUCGACCGAGCGGAAUUGUAUUUUGAUUCGAUGAGUCGUGAUCGAAUCGACUGGUCGGAGAAUACUGGACGUUCGGAAAAAUUUGGUUGGCGAGAAAGAUCCGGUAUAUUGGAAUUUUGAAUUUCUUCGAGGGAACGGGAUAGGGAAGAAGUUGAGCGGACUUUUAUCUCGGAAUCGUGUCGUUUCUAGAGAGGACGAGAACGAGUUCUCGACGCGCAGUAAUCUAUAUUUCGGGAGGGAGAAUCGAUCGAAUUUGUUUUUUCACCUCCGCAUCCUCGAGCAUUGGACGGUUGAGAAAGGCGAGUAGUUUCGAAGUAUCGCGAAAACAUGAGGCAAAUUUCGAAGCGGCGUUUUAUCCUCGACAACUUUAAGGAUAGAUACGAUCGAAACAACUUGGUUAAAGUUCCUCGUGAAAAAACGAUGAAAUUUAUAUUGGCGACACCUUUCGAUAAAUCGAUCGAAAUAUGCAAGUCGUAUUUUGUCCAUAAUCCGUUCGAUAAAAAUCUUAAAAAAGGGAUAGUGAAAAAUUUAGUGAAAGAUUUCGAAAAAUAAUAAAGUAAUAAAAUUUGUAUGAACUUGAAUCUUUCGAUCGAAACGCUCGAUCGAAAUAUGGAAUUUGAAAAAUAUUUUAUCCAUAAUUCGAUAAAAAUCUUAAAAAAGGGAUAGUGAAAAAUUUAGUGAAAAAUUUCGAAAAAUAAUAAAGUAAUAAAAUUUGUACGAUUGGCGACGAACUUGAAUCUUUCGAUCGAAACGCUCGAUCGAAAUAUGGAAUUUGAAAAAUAUUUUAUCCAUAAUUCGAUAAAAAUCUCAAAAAAGGACAGAAAGUGAAAAAUUUCGAAAAAUAAUAAAGUAAUAAAAUUUGUACGAACUUGAAUCUUUCGAUCGAAAUAUAGAAUUCGAGAAAUAUUUUAUUCGUAAUACGUUCGAUAAAAAUCUCAAAAAAGGAAGUGACAAAUUUCGAAAAAUAAUAAAGUAAUAAAAUUUGUACGAUUGGCGACGAACGCGACCUUGAAUCUUUCGAUCGAAAUACGGAAUUCGAGAAAUAUUUUAUCCCUAAUCCGUUCGAUAAAAAUCUCAAAAAAGAAGAGGAAGUAAAAGAUUUCGAAAAGUAGUAGAAUUUGGCAAUGAACACGAAUUUUGAAUUUUUCGACAACUCGAUCGAAACGCUCGAUCGGAAAUAUGGAAUUCGAGAAGUCCCUAUUUUAUCCCUAAUCCGUUCGAUAAAAAUCUCAAAAAAGGAUGAGAAGUGAAAGAUUUCGAAAGAAUAAAGUAGUAGAAUUUACGCGAUUGGGGAUAAACCUUGAAUCUUUCGACAACUCGAUCGAAACGCUCGAUCGGAAAUAUAGAAUUCGACAAGUCGUAUUUUGUCCCCAAUUCGCUCGAUAAAAAUCUAAAAAAAGGAGAGGAAGUGAAAAAUUUCGAAAGACGUAAAAUAGUAGAAUUUGGCAACGAACACGAGUUCGAAUCUUUCGACAACUCGAUCGAAACGCUCGAUCGGAAAUAUGGAAUUCGACAAGUCGUAUUUUGUCCCUAAUUCGCUCGAUAAAAAUCUUAAAAGAGGAAAAUUUUGAAAAACUUUAAAAAAUAGCAGAAUUCGUGCGAUCAAGGUAUCCGUUGGAAUAUAUACGUUGGGUAUGGCGAUAACGUAAUUGAAAUGUCUCGAGUUCCCGGAAUGUUCCCGCAUAAAUCACAGCCGUCUGAUCGACUCCUUUAAGUGGAUCAUUCGUUAAAUGUAAAUGUUGCAAUAGAAAUCUCGCCGGGGUGUUCGAGGAGUUGUACGGAUUUUUCUCUCGCCGCUGCCUCUCGAAACGAUUACGCGGUUCCCCGAUAAUGGCCGAGGAAACGUUUCUCGAUGCUCGAUGCUUUUAUCUACAAACUUUAAAGUGAAAAUUACAAAUUCCUUGGAGCUUCUCUUAACCCGCAUCCUUGAAAAUCAUCGUGGCGCGAGAAAUCAUCGCGCAAAACUCGUCCUUUCGAGAUCAAGUUUAACGUUUUUUUAGGUUAGCUUUUAUUUUACGUAAUUUAAAAUAGGGCGACGGGUUAAAACUUCGAAUAUACCCGUGGUUUCGUUUCUCUUCGAAGAAGAAACAUUAAUCGAAACGACGAGAUAAUAACACGGUACGCUUUCGAGAAAGAAAGAGAGAGAAAGAGAAAAAGACGUUCGUCUGACGAGGAUACACGCACACUACGAAACGGAUGGCGGAAACGUUCUGACUCACUCGACUUUUUUUCGCCACCAUUCGACACAGGAGCGGACGAGCCAUUAGCAGAAAUAGAUGGAAGAAAAUGAAAAUAGUGUCGCUGGAUCCAAGGAGUGACGAUCGGAGCGAUUGGACCAUCGAUCGAAGGGUAAUAACGAAACGAAAUAAUUAUACGAAUAAUUGACUUGGACGGCGUGGAAUCGUGUGGAUUGUUUCGAAACCUGUUCGAUAACUACGUUCGAAACAUCGUAACAGAGUGCAUAUAGCAGGUAGAGUGACGUGUGUUCGAUUCGAGGCAUCGAGGACGUAGUACCGUUUGAUUCCUCGUGUUAGACUGUGUGACGAUACCGGCCCACCUUCCUCCGCCGUUCCAUUUCGUUUUAUUCUCUCUCGUAUGCAACUCAUCAUCCCCCACUGGAGAUGCUCAAGAUACGGAUGUUGGAUUACAUCGGGGAUACUGGCGGCAGAAGUAAAUGGAUUGACGGACGAUUAGUAGAGUAUGUACAGAAGAAGAGGUGGAAUUCGGAGGAUGGAGGUUCGAGGGGGAGACAACAGCUCGAGCAAUCCGUGUAUUGCGAGGCUGAGUCCCGGCGUAGCGCUUCCGAGGACGAGAGACAAGAUGUUCAACCGGGUGGCAAUCAGCAGGAGAAGAUCAAGAGUACCACGCAAGAUUUAUUCGAAUUGCUGGAAAGAGUGCAGUGUUCGCGUCUCGACGAUCAACGAUGCGUUCUACCGCCGUACUUCUCCCAGACCCCGAGGGAGGACAGGGCAGCGUCGAGUCCUGGUAAUCAGAAUAAUCACACACCCACGCCAUCCCCGUCACCGGUCGGCGAUGCACCCGUUGGCAGGGCUCUUAUGGAGGCUGCGCUUCAGCAAGCCACUUCCGGAUCUCAGCCACCUCUGGUGGUGACACCGCCUGGUUACUGGGUCGACGGUACCGAUCAUCGACACGCCCUGGACUCGGCUGGCAGGGCGUUACUUCCGGCCCAGCCUGCAUGGCAACCGAGGAUAGACCAAGACGACACGGCCAAGUGCUACAGGCGAUUUUUCGUCGGCAGGGAGCACGUGAACCUGGUCGGAAGGGACGGAGAGAACGGGCCGGUCCUCGUCUCGGUGAAGGCCGAGACGGUCGCUGGACAGGAGCAUUGGAGGGUAUUGUUGCGGUUGCGGGCAGGCUCCACCCACGAAUUGGUACCGGCCGCGAACCUCGGCCCGAAUCCGUCACCCGCGAAAAUGGUCAAGGCCAUCAACGAGUCGCUGAACGUGAGCACGCUGAUGCCCGUUGUCUGUUCCGGUGCCGGUACGCUGAUAGCGCGAUACGACGAGCACGCAUUGGUCUCGAGGUUCAAAUUCGGCGUUCUUCAUCAACGCGCCGGCCAGGUGACCGAGGAGCAGCUUUUUGGGAACAGGCAGAUCACGCCUGCUUUCCAAGAAUUUCUCGACUUGCUCGGGCAAAAGAUCGAUUUAAGGGAUCACAAAGGGUAUCGCGGAGGUUUGGACACUAGACACGGGCAGACGGGCGAUUCGGCGGUGUACGAGGUAUUUCGAGGCCGAGAAGUGUUGUUCCACGUCGCCUCCCUUUUGCCGUACAGUCCAGGGGACUCGCAGCAAUUGCAGCGCAAAAGACACAUCGGGAACGACAUCGUCGCGAUAAUAUUCCAAGAGGAGCCAACCCCUUUCAGUCCAGAUAUGAUCGCGAGCCACUUCUUACAUGCAUUCAUCGUGGUACAAGUCGUCGACCCCUGCACACCUAAUACGAGGUACAAGGUCAGUGUAACGGCACGGAACGACGUUCCCUUGUUUGGUCCAGCUUUACCGACUCCGGCUGUAUUUUUACGAGGAAUCGAAUUCAAGGAAUUCCUCCUGACGAAAUUAGUGAACGCUGAGAAUGCGGCGUAUAAAGCUGAGAAAUUUUCGAAACUCGAGUUGAGAACGAGGUCAGCUUUGUUGGAAUCUCUGACGGAAGAAUUGCAAGCGAAGACAGCUGAAUUUCUCGGUGGAGCAAUCGGAUUCGGAGGUAGCGGUCUAACUUUCGGAGGCAAUUGUCCAGUAAGCCCGACCGGCAACGACGCAUCGGGAUCCGGCAGCGGUGGAAGUGGAUCCAGAUUUAUCGACACCGUACGAAAAGCUCUGAUAUCGCGCGUUAGAAACGCGUCGACGGAAAGCGUGCCGCAACAGUUGUCGAAAAAGGGCCAGUCGGAGUCUAGUCCGCCGAGCAAUCGACAAUCGACCACGAAAAUUAAUAGCAAACGUUCGGUGGAGCCCUCGAGCCCCUUAGGCUCGCCCGAUUUAACCCUUAGAAGAGAUUCGGAGCGUGGAAGUCCCAGCUUGGGUAGUCAGGACAGUAGUUUGUCGAACACGGAUAACCAAGAUAGCAGUUUGGCCACUUUGCAGCAAGACGAGGUUGAUCGGAGAGAGUCUACCGCAUCCAUUUGCGCUAGCAACGAUAACACGGUGGUGGACAAAAUUUCAUCCGUUCAAAGACUGACUCACGAAAAUUUACGGAAGCAAGAGAGGUCGGAAAAGACGGAAACGACUCAACGUGUUAUUUCGGAAAGUGACGACAGCUCGUUGAACAGCGAACUUGAACUGGAUCAGGUCGUAUAUCCGGACAGCGACACGGGCCUCGAAUCGAUGAGCUCGGCCGAGACGCACGAUACCACGAGGUGUACCACUAAGGAUGGCAUUUUAGAAACCGAAAACUUGAGAAUGGAAGUUACGAGGCUUAAAUGCGAUAAAUUAGAUUUGCUGAGGCAAAAUGUGACCUGCCAACGUGAUAUAAAACGUCUGCGAGAAAAGGAACUUCAAUUGCAGUCCGAUCUCGCAGCGGCAUCGAAAGAAAUUCUUCGAUUGAGAGCUAUGCUGAAGGAAUGUUCGACGAGUAUUCCAUUGGACAACAACAAUCAACAGACAUCUACCGUUUAAAGAUGGCUUUGAGAUACAUUUAACCCUGCCUUCAUCGGCGCAUAACUUCCCGUUGCAAUUAUUAGAUUUUAAUAAUUAGUUAGGCGCAGUAGUUGAAAACUCUAUAAAUAAACUCGACAUACUUUUUCGGAAUCGAUUCUUGAAAAGAAAUUUUUCCGAAGCUGUUUGCAAAGAGUUUGAAACUUGCAAUUCAAAUGCUUUACGUUACGUUUUAACACUGUGGUUGAACUUCUUUAGGUAAAUUGAUAUAUACCCUGUAUAUUACGAAAGAACGGGUCAGUGAAGGAUAUUUAGAGAAAAUGUUUUUUGCGAUAUAAAUAUAGCGAUACGUCUUUCGAGGUAUUUACAACGUAGACGCUAAUUGUUACUUGUAGAAAUAUUUGUUUGAUCUUUAACAAUAUUAUUUAUCUAUUAAUUUAUUAGUAGACGUAAGUUAAUCUCUAAUAGUCAAUAUAAUUACAAAUAAAUGACACAUACAAACAUACACAUAAAUAAAUACAAAUAGGAAUGUUUGAAAAAGUAGGUACAUCUUGUCAUUAUAAUAGAUAGAUUAGAAUAAAAAGUAACAUGGCCUUUAGACUUAGUUUCCAAAAUCGAGAAUAAAUAUACAGAAAUUAAUAUAACAUAUUUUACUUGUAAUAAUUAAAUGUGCAUAAAUCGAAAGAUCGAUAUAUAUAUAUAUAUAUAUAUUAUAUAUUAUAUAUAAAAUAGCAGUUACAAUUCUCAUACUGUUUUCGAAUGAGAUAACUGCAUAUUGUCCCAUACAAUAAUAUAAAGUGACUGGUAUAAAUACCCAUACGCUUGUGGGUUAUAGAAAUAUGUGUUUUAUCGAUAUAUUUCUGACGUCUCACAUUGAAACAAGGAUAUGUAUCGUUAAUUACAGUAUUCGUCGCGGUGAAUUUACCGAAACCAUUACUAGUUUUUUAGUAUUAGUCUGAAACAACUUUAACAAAUAUGAAAACACCUCGUUAGUUAAAUCUUCCGGCAUCAUUAGCCAAUGUAGAAUAAGAUUAGAUUUUCUAACCGUUUUCACGGUUGUAAUGAUUUAAAUGCACCAAAUUGUUUAAUAACAAUUAUUACGAUAUAUCGAUGUGUCAGUAACAUACGAGUAAGACACGUAUUACCGUUCAUUGUUCACUAAUACGCAAAGUAAACUAAGUGUAUUUCAUUUGCUUAGUUAUGCACCGUUUUUUUCAUUAUCUUUCACAAAAUGGUAUUAGUAUGAUUUAUUUUUAUUAUUAUUAAAACUAUUGCUAUUAUUAUUAUAUUAUUAAUAUUAUUAUCAUUAUUAUUAAUUUCGUUGUAUUUUAUAUGUUUUUUUUUUUUUUUUCUUUUUUUUUUUUUUUUAUAAAUAUUUGGCUAUCUUUCUACGUAGAAAGAUCGAAAAUGUUGAAGAAAAGAAAGGACAGAGGGACUCGAAAGUUCACUCAUAUAUAAUACCAAAGUUUAUCAUAGUAAAAUCUACUUUUCUUAGUUUUCUACAUUCCUUUUCAUACAAUAUUCGCCUCUAAAAUCUGCGUAUAAAAUAGCAUGUACUUUUCUCAAGCAAAAGUUUUUUCUACAAGUACAAGUUUUUUUUUUCUGAAUUUUGUAUCUCUUUAUAAAUAUUUUGCAGACAUAUUACGAUUAUCACUGCCUGUACAAUGUCGUUUUGGACUAUAUCACAAUUUUCCUCUUUAAAUGAAACUUCUAAUUUGUCAUUUUCUCGAUAUGACAUGAUUUUUUUCAAUUACUUGUAUUGUUUAUAGCGAAAAAUCGUUAUUCACGAGAAUUCUUAUCUCUAGAAAAAAAUUGUGGUAUACGAAAAAAUGAAAAUUUCUCGUCAAAACAUCAUCACAUAUAAAAGAACUAUAUCUUGGAAUCUAUUUUAUGACAAUUUACUUUUAAAUUUAUUUCAAAUAAUGAUUUUUGUAAUGCCGGCUAAAAUUUUCAACAAAAUGAAACUUUCAAAAAAUAUACAAAAAAUAGUAAUCGCUGCGAACACUUUUCAGUAAUGCUAUUUUUAACUGUCGUAAAGAUGAGCACACACGGUGUAUUUUAUAGAGUUUACGAUCAACGUAUAUUUACAAUGUUGUUUUAGACUGAGCGAAAAAUAGGUCAUCCGAAUAUUUGAUUUCGUGGAAUUUGUAAGAGAGAUACUCGAAGCAUCUCGACUACCAGAAAAUAUAUCUCGAGUGAUUUUGAAUUCCAAAAUAUCGUUUUAUAAACAAACAACUAAAAUGAUUUGAAGAAAGCACGCACAUACGUAUAUACAUACAAUAUAAAAAUUUGAUGCUGCAGGAUAUGAAAGAAAUUUUAAUAGCUGUAUACAUAUAUCUCACUAUCGAAUAUAAAUGCAAGUACUCACAAAUUUUCAUUACUGCGCAUUAAAUUUCAUAUUUAUGAAAAGCUCGAAAAUUAGGUGAAAUUACUUUUACAAAUGUAUAUAAUGUUAAUUAUGUUUAAAUAAUGGGUCAUUUGAUAAGAGCGUCUCUUUGUCUAAAAUUUAGAAAAAAAAAGACUAAGUUCAUCAUUCUCUAGUGUGAUUUCUAUGCUGGCCUUGCAAAAUCAAAGAAAGAUUAUCUAUAUUACAAAGAGAUAUGUGUUAUUAUAUUACGAGAGAGAGUGUGAGUGCGAACGAAAGAGAGAUAAAAUAUUACUGCUACAAAUAUAUAUUUUGUAUUUAAUAUUAAUCGCCCAAAUCUAUCUAACAGAAUUGCGAAUACUAUUAUUCUCUGACACUACGACACGAAAGUAUAUAUUUCUUAUGACUGGUGUAAGUAUUCGCGCAUACUAUUUUUUCUUUUCUAUGCACGACUGUCAACUUGAAAAUCAGUGAUAAUGAUGUUCGCCAAUAAAUAAAAUGAUUUAAACCAA